UUCAGCCUUUUCAGAACUGUUCUCCAUCCUGGCAGUUGCUACGUCCUGUUGAUUCUUCCUUUUAAAUGGCUUUCAUUCACCUCUUAUUUUCCAUUCCCACUACUCUGGUUAUGGCCCUUUUCAUUUCUUAUUAAGAUUAUUGUAACAGUUUCUUAGCUAAUUCUUGUUACUUCAAGUUUUCUCUGUCAUACCUCGUUACCAGAGAAACCUACAGCACAUUCUGAUCAUUUCACUAGAGGAAAAGCUCUGACAUCAGGGAAAUGUAGAUCUAAAUCACAAUGAGAUACCCCUUCAUACCCAUUAGGAUAACUAUAAUUAUGAAGAAACAAACAAAAAUUCAAAAAAUAACAAGUAUUGCUGAAGAUGUAGAGAAAUUGAAACCCUGGUGCAUUGCUGGUGGGAAUGUAAAAUGGCACAGCUGCUGUGGAAAACAGUUUGGCAGUGUUUCAAAAAAUUAACAGAAUUACUGUAUGACCCAGCAAUUCCACUCCUAAGUAGAGACCUCAAAGCAAUGAAAGAUGGACUCAAACAAAUGCUUGUACAGCAGUGUUCACAGCAGCAUUACUCACAACAGCCAACCCAGCUGUCCAUCAGCAGAUGGAUAAGCAAAAUGUGCUUCAUGUUUCCAGUUGCAGGUGGAAUAAGACCCCCUCAAGCAGGUCUGAUGCCAAUGCAGCAGCAAGGUUUUCCUAUGGUCUCUGUCAUGCAGCCGAAUAUGCAAGGCAUGAUGGGAAUGAAUUACAGCUCUCAGAUGUCCCAGGGAGCUAUUGCUAUGCAGGGAUACCAAUGGGACCAAUACCAGCAGGAGGAAUGCCUUACCUGGGACAAGCACCGUUUCUGGGAAUGCGUCCUCCAGGCCCACAGUACACUGCAGACAUGCAGAAGCAGUUUGCCGAGGAGCAGCAAAAACGAUUUGAACAGCAGCAAAAGCUCUUAGAAGAAGAAAGAAAAAGACGCCAGUUUGAAGAGCAGAAGCAAAAGCUCAGACUUCUGAGUAGUGUGAAACCCAAGGCAGGAGAGAAGAGUAGAGAUGAUGCUUUGGAAGCCAUAAAAGGAAACUUAGAUGGGUUUUCCAGAGAUGCUAAGAUGCACCCUACUCCAGCAUCACACCCUAAGAAACCAGAUUAUCCCACAUCAUCUCAUUCUACUAAAACUGUCUCCCCACCAUGUGCCUUUCCUGCUGAGGAGGAGUUCAGUGACUUUAUGCAGGGGCCUGUUGAAGUCCCCACAUGUGGGCCUUCUUCCACUUUCCAGCCUUUUCAGUCUUUCCAUCCCACCACCCCACUUGGCCAGUUGCAUGCAAAGAAGGCUGGAGCACAGCCUCUCCCUCCAGGCCCUUCCUUGGAGGAGAAGCUCCUAGUAUCUUGUGAUAUAAGUACAUCUGGGCAGGAACAAAUUAAAUUAAGUACUUCUGAAGUUGGGUGCAAAGCCCUAGGCCCAAGUUCCAGUAAGAACCAUCCCAGUUUAACGGCCAGUAACGGGGGUGCUAUAGAUGGACGUGUAAGUGGUACCACUACCGCAGAGGCAGAAAAGACUUCAGACCAAAACCUGUCCAUUGAAGAGAGUGGUGUGGGGGUAUUUCCUUCACAGGAUCCUGUUCAGCCCAGAAUGCCUCCUUGGAUUUACAAUGAGAGUUUGGUUCCAGAUGCGUAUAAGAAAAUUUUAGAAACCACAAUGACUCCGACUGGAAUAGAUACUGUUAAACUUUAUCCCAUCCUGAUGUCAUCUGGACUUCCCAGGGAAACUCUUGGACAAAUAUGGGCCUUAGCUAAUCGAACCACACCUGGCAGACUUACUAAAGAAGAACUUUAUACUGUUCUCGCCAUGAUAGCAGUAACACAGAGGGGUGUUCCUGCCAUGAGUCCUGAUGCUUUAAAUCAGUUUCCAGCGGCUCCUGUUCCAACUUUAAGUGGCUUUCCUAUGACUUUGCCUGCUGCUGUGAGUCAGCCGACUGGGAUGCCUUCAGGCCCUGCAGGCUCCAUGCCCCUCACCCUCGGACAGCCAGUCAUAGGCAUUAAUCUUGUUGGACCAGUUGGGAGAGCUGCAGCCCAGACUUCCAGUGGCUUCAUGUCUACUUACCCUGCAAAUCAGGUGGUAAAACCAGAAGAAGAUGACUUCCAGGAUUUUCAAGAUGCUUCCAAAUCAGGAGCCCUCGAUGACUCAUUCAGUGAUUUCCAAGAGUUGCCUACUUCUUCAAAAUCAAAUAAUUCUCAGCAUGGAAACAGUGCCCCUUCUUUGUUGAUGCCACUUCCUGGAACUAAAGCAUCCGCUUCAAUGGAUAAAUAUGCUGUGUUUAAAGGAAUGGCAGCCGACAAAUCCUCUGAAAAUACUGUUCCAUUUGGAGAGCCUGGUGACAAAUACAGUGCUUUCAGAGAACUCGAACAGACAGCAGAGAGUAAAUCUUUAGGAGAAAACUUUGCAGAAUUCAGAUCUGCAGGAACUGAUGAUGGUUUCACCGAUUUUAAAACCGCCGAUAGUAUCUCACCACUAGAGCCACCAGCAAAAGACAAACCAUUUCCGGCAGCCUUCCCCUCAGGAGCUAUCCAACAGAAACCACAAACACAAGUGAAAAGUCCUCUGAACUUAGCAGACCUAGAUAUGUUUUCCUCAGUUACUGGCAGCAGCGAGAAACCAUUGUCCUUUUCAGCUGCAUUCAGUGCAUCCAAAUCUAUUUCCUCACGACCCCAGCCAACGGGAUCUGCGGCACCCAUGACAGCAUUGGCAUCAACUAAAACUUCUAGUUUGGCUGAUGAUUUCGGAGAAUUCAACCUUUUUGGGGAAUAUUCGAGUCCAGCAUCUGUUGGGGAGCAGGAUGACUUUGCAGAUUUUAUGGCUUUCAGUAAUAGUUCUGUUUCAUCUGAGCAAAAGGCAGAUGACAAAUACGAGGCCCUUAAAGAGGAAGCGAGUCCUUUUCCUCUAACCGGCAGCACGAGCAGCACGGUGAAGGAUGGACAAAACUCUGCCGCUGCGUCCACCAAGUACGAUAUCUUCAAACAGCUCUCUCUGGAAGGAUCCGGACUAGGUGUUGAAGAGCUGAAAGAUAACACUCCUUCAGGAAAGAGUGAUGAUGAUUUUGCUGACUUCCACUCCAGUAAAUUUUCUUCCAUGAACUCGGACAAAUCCACGGGAGAGAAAGCGGUGGCUUUCAGACACACCAAAGAAGACUCUGCGUCCGUGAAGUCCUUGGAUCUCCCUUCCAUUGGUGGCAGCAGUGCUGGCAAGGAGGACUCUGAAGACGCACUCUCUGUUCAGUUUGACAUGAAACUGGCUGAUGUGGGAGGAGAUCUUAAGCAUGUCAUGUCUGAUAGCUCUUUGGAUUUACCAGCAGUUAGUGGCCAGCAUCCUGCUGCAGAUAUAGAGGACUUAAAAUAUGCUGCUUUUGGAACCUACAGUAGCAAUUUUGCAGUGAGCACACUUACGAGCUAUGACUGGUCAGACAGGGAUGAUGCCUCUCAGGGCAGAAAACUCUCUCCAUUUGUCCUCUCAGCAGGAAGCGGAGCCUCCUCAGCUGCCUCAGUUCUUCCAAAGAAAGAGACGUCCUUUGGCAGCACCGAAAACCUCACCGUGACAGCCCUCUCCAAAGUCACAACCUUCACAAGCGAGGAUGCUCUUCCAGAGAUGACCUUUCCAGCUUUUGCCAGUUUUAAAGAUGGGAUCCCACAGGCCAGCGAGCAAAAGGAGUAUGAAAGUGGGGACUACAGGGACUUCACCAGACAGGACCUGCCCACGGCUGAACGGAGCCAAGAAGCCACGUGCCCCAGCCCAGCUUCCAGCAGCACUUCUCAUGACACCCCCAAAGAAUGUGCAGAUGACUUUGGAGAGUUUCAAAGUGAAAAGCCCAAAAUCAGCAAGUUUGACUUUUUAGUGGCCAAUUCACAAGGCAAAAUGAAAUCCAGUGAAGAAAUGAUCAAAAGUGAGCUGGCAACCUUUGACCUUUCUGUUCAAGGAUCGCACAAGAGGAGUCUGAGCCUUGGCGAUAAAGAAAUAAGCCGCUCUUCUCCUUCUCCGGCUUCGGAGCAGCCUUUCAGAGACCGCUCCAACACUCUGAGCGAGAGGCCCGCCCUGCCCGUCAUCCGGGACAAGUACAGAGACCUGACGGGAGAGGUGGAGGAGAAUGAGAGAUAUGCUUAUGAAUGGCAGCGGUGCCUGGGGAGUGCCCUGGAGGUCAUUAAGAAGGCCAAUGAUACCUUAAAUGGAAUCAGUAGUAGUUCUGUGUGCACAGAAGUAAUUCAGUCAGCUCAAGGCAUGGAAUACCUGUUAGGUGUUGUUGAGGUGUACAGGGUAACCAAACGCGUGGAGCUAGGGAUAAAAGCCACUGCAGUGUGCAGUGAGAAACUCCAGCAGUUGCUGAAGGACAUCGAUAAAGUAUGGAAUAACCUAAUUGGCUUCAUGUCACUUGCCACACUCACGCCUGAUGAAAAUUCACUGGAUUUUUCCUCUUGUAUGCUACGGCCUGGGAUUAAAAACGCUCAGGAGCUUGCUUGCGGGGUGUGCCUUUUAAACGUGGACUCCAGGAGCCGGAAAGAAGAGAAGCCUGCAGAAGAACAUCCUAAAAAAGCGUUCAACUCAGAAACAGACAGCUUCAAGCUGGCAUAUGGAGGACACCAGUAUCACGCCAGCUGUGCCAACUUCUGGAUCAACUGUGUUGAACCAAAACCUCCCGGCCUCAUCCUGCCUGAUUUGCUCUGAAAUCUCCUGAAAGUACCAGCUGGGUUUGUUUUUUUCUCCAUCACACCCCUUCGGGUGACAGGGACCAAUAAACAGAAUGCAAGUGCUGCAGAGGCCGCACCCCCCCCCCAAUCAAUCCACGUGAAGAAAUCCUCAAGAGGUGGGGGUGGGGGGGAAGUGCUGCAGAAGUUCCCAGUUUUUCCCACAGACAACCUGUGUCCCAGGUUCCUGCAUCCAGUCAUUGGGAUUUGAGGUAAAACUGCCCUACCCAAACGGCACUGGACGUUUGCUAACUUGUCUCUAGUUCUCUGAAGAGGUUUUAAAAUAUGGACCACAAUUUUCUUUAUCUAAGGAAUAAUUUGCUGCUCCAGUAUUGAAACUGUGAAGAACUGACAUCUGAAGAAAAAUAAAUCAUUGCUGUAGGACUAGAGUUGGAAGGAUGUUUUGAGCCAGUGUUUGUGUAUAUCUAGAACACGUACUGUUCUGUGAAGUAGAAUGCAUUGAUCCACAUUUAGUUUAUUAAUAUCUGAAAUGAAUAAAAAGGAAAU